CGAGUAAUGCAUGGUCGUCAUUGAGAUCUUUAUGAAGUGAGGUGUCGCGUGAGUGUAUUGGCGCCAUGAGUUUGUACUGAGUAACAUGAGAGACGACCGACCCAUUCAGAUGCUCAACCCAUAAUAUCUUGCUCACUGCCUUUUACAUGUCUAUGGUUGUAAACAAGACCACUCACGGUCGAUGCAGGAAGACCAAGGGGCAACUCUCGAAGUCAAGCUGGCGUGAUAGCCAGAGGUGUCAAGUCACGCUGCCAGCUGGCACCAGCUGCUCAUAUGUCCUGUUUUACUGCUCAUGAUGACCUCAUUCCCUUAAUCGCGUCCAUCCAGUGUGAGCUUCAUAUGAGGUCCGCAACAGUCGCAAAAGGCCAUCUGUGAAGCAAAUUUCCUCCAAAGACCUAGGAUUUAUCUGAUGGAAUCGACAGAGAAGACAAUGGUCCGCCGCGCAGUCGUCUCAUCUUUCAUCUUCAAGUUCCCCCCCAAUCGGGGGCCGCAGGUCGCGCUGUUCCGGAGAAGCGAUAGCGUGCGGACAUAUCCCAAUCACCUUGCGCCAGUAUCGGGCAGCAUAGAGCAGGACGACCCCUCGCCCCUGGAUGCCGCCUGGAGAGAGAUACGCGAAGAGACCACGCUUACGCCUGCAACGUUGACAUUGCUCCGCCAGGGAAAGGACUACGUUUUCGCCGACGAGAAGAUUGGCCGCGAAUGGACGAUACAUCCUUUUGCCUUCCGCCUCAAGUCACACGAGGAUGAGUCUCGCAUCCAAAUCGACUGGGAGCAUAAGGGGUUCCAGUGGUUCGACCCCCACGAGGUCCGCGACGUCGAUGAGUUCGGUGGCGUGCCGCGACUUGCUGAGAGUCUAAGACGCAUCUGGUUCGAGAUUGAACUCGGCGAGAGCAGAGGAAAGAUUCUGAGCGAGGGGCUGCUCGCGUUACAGAAGGAUCACCAAAGCGGAGCGCGGCAGCUGGCGGGCAAGGCCCUUCAAGUUCUUCUUUCCGUGAUCGGAGAGAAGGCCAGCGCAGUGAAGGAUGGCUCCGUGGAAAAGUGGUGGCGCAAUGCCCGGCUUGCAGCGUGGCAUCUCUGGAAGAAUGGUAGGGAGAGCAUGGGAGCCGCAAUCCUGAACAACAUCGUGCGGUCGCUGGCCGUUAUAGAAAAGGAGGUACAGCAGACCAAGGAUUUCAAAGUGUUGGUUUGCGUGUACCACAGCGAUUGCCGUUUGUUCCCACACAAAGUCUCCCAGGCGUUCCUCGACUCCGUUACAAGGAAGGUGGGCGAUUUUGCAAUAUCGAGGGACUCUUCCAUCGACGGCAUCUGGAACUCCUUUGAGGCCUUCUUGCGAAACUAUCACGGCUCCGGCCGGCCCAUUCGGAUUCUCACAUUAUCAUCGAGUUCUACCAUCCUCGAGUGUCUGAAGAGAGCUAUCGCAGGCCUGGACUCAGAAGUCGACAUCCGCGUACUCGAGUCUUGUCCCUUGUUUGAGGGGGUUUCAAUGGCGUCCAGCUUGGUCAACCACCUCCGAGAAUCAGCGCCGAGAGAGCACAAGGUUGACGUCUCAAUCUUCACCGACGCCGCCGCCGCAAUCGCGAGUAAGGAUGUGGACAUGGUCCUCAUCGGCGCAGAUAUCAUUGCUGUGGAUGGUGCAACAAGCAACAAGACGGGUUCACUGCCGGCAAUCCUCUCUGCUAAGCACAGCUCACCUCAAGCCAAGGUAUUUGUUCUGGCUGAGAGUGAGAAGAUUAUGCCGUAUGAUGAUCCACCUAGGUUCGAAGAGAAUGAUGUUGAAGAGGUCGUUGCGUCAUGGAAGCACAGCAUCUUAGCACAACAGGCCGCUUCAAACGCCUUCGACAGCUCGCACGGGGCAGGCUCGGGAGAGAAAAUAGCGAAGGCGAACGUCAGGAACGUCUACUUUGAAUGGAUUCCCCCAAAUCUCAUCGACAGAUACAUGUUCGAGAACGGGGAGAAGAGCCCGACUGAUAUUUCGGGCAUCGUUGAGCGGGUACGCCGCGAAGCAGAUGCUUAUUUCUCUGAUGUUUAG